GCUGAGUACUAGGCACAUAGCGAUCACCACAUUACUACGGCGCUACAGUGGUUUCAAGGGGAAAUGACAAAAGAUCUAUCCCAUUUGCUCUCUCUUGAAGCAAAGGCAAGAAACAAUUCGCUCCUCAAGACCAUCGCACAGUAUAAACAGCCGGAUACUGCCUUCUUAGCCAGUGGCUUACCAUUGCCUGAAUACUUCGCAUGGGAAUCGAUUAGCUUCAAGACCAGAAAGCCACCCUUUGAAGAUGGGCUGAAAGCGUUUUCGAAUGAAUCGAAUGAGUUGGUUGUCGAGGUUGGUGACAAGCUGCCUCUUUCAUCUGGUCUACAGUAUGCUUCCGCAACGGGCCCUAAGCCGCUCGUUGAGUUUAUCAAAGAGCACACCAGACUUGUUCAUGGAGAUAUCUCAAACGACGACUGGGAUCUAAUUCUUACUGCUGGUUCUACUCAUGCGUGGGAAGCUGUCUUGAGAACAUUCACCGACCGGGGUGAUUCCAUUCUUGUCGAAAAGUACGCCUUUGCCUCAGCACUGGAGACUGCCAGAGCCAAAGGAUUGAACUUGGUAACAAUGGAUAUUGAUUCGCAUGGAAUCAUUCCGGAAUCACUGGCAAAAACAUUGGAGAACUGGGAAGAGGGAGUCAAGUACCCGAAGCUGAUUUACACUGUUCCAACAGGCCAGAACCCUACUGGCUCUACGAUUCCUGAGGAAAGAAGAAAGUUGAUCUACGAGAUCGCGUCCAAGUAUGAUAUCAUCAUUGUUGAGGACGAGCCGUACUAUUUCCUACAAUUGGAGGAUUAUGUCGAGGAGUCUAACAGAAACGUCUCUUCGAGAAGACCGUCGGACGAAGAAUUUCUGGCAAGUUUGGUGCCUUCCUUUCUGAAGUUCGACGUUGAUGGCCGUGUCAUUAGACUGGACUCUUUCUCGAAGAUCCUGGCUCCUGGAACUCGUAUUGGAAGUAUUAUUGCGCAGAAGCCAUUCAUAGAACGAUUUGCUCGAGACUUCGAAACGACAAUUCAAAAUCCUUCCGGAUUUGCAUCGCUCAUUUUAUACGAGACUUUGGCAUACUGGGGACAGGAUGGCUAUCUUCAGUGGCUUAAGGCCCUACGUGAAGAAUACUCAAACAAGAGAAAUGUCGCCAUUGACACUGCUUUGAGCACCUUGGGAGACAAGCCGUUCGUUACCGUCAACAUCCCAAAUGCCGGUAUGUUCUUCACUAUCUCAAUUGACGCCACAGCCCACCCACACUUCACUGAAAGAUACAAUAAUGAUCCGCUGGCCUUGGAAGACGACAUCUAUCGCACAAACAUAGCCAAUAAGAGUGUUUGGGUCCCAGGUUCCUGGUUCGAAGUUGUUCAAGACGGAGAGGAGAGAAGCCCUCUCAUCAUGUUUAGAGGCACUUUCGCAGCUACUGAUGAGGAAACUCUGGCCGAGGGCGUCAAGAGAUUUGCGCAAACUCUUGACCAGGUUUUUAAAUAAGGAAGUAGAUGAACGUCAUCUGGUUGCAG